AUGACUUCCCUUACAAGGCGUCUAGGCUGCCUGCUCGGGGUGCUUUCCUUGGGCACUAGCCUAGCCCAUGGCCAGUCCAUAUCCACCGUCAACGGCGAGGAGGUGACCAUGUUGACGGGCACAAAGACACAACACUCGACCACAUCGAUACCAACAAACCUAUAUCAAACCUAUACCACGCGCAUCACGCUUGGAACGACCACAGGCGCUGAAUCAACCAUCAUCGCUUCGGUUUCAGGAAACGGCACCGAUGUCGCCCUCACUUCCUCAUCCGCUUCCGAGACUUCCAGCGCAACGCUGAGUUACCUGACGGGCACCAACUCGCACUCGACAUCGACCUCCAACACGACUGCGUCGAGCACAGAGUCUCCGAAGCCCGUACCGACCAACACACGGCCGUGCAACAACUAUCCCGAAUUCUGCGGCCGCAAGUACAGCAACAUUACCGAAGUCGGUUGCCACAACAGCCCCUUCGUCAGGGCGAAUUCCGCUGCUGCCAACCAACAGCUCGGCGUCGUCGAUCAGCUCAACGAUGGCGUCCGUUUCCUCCAAGCCCAGAUUCAGUUCCCUACCAACGAUUCGGUGCCUCACUUCUGCCACACCACCUGCGACCUCUUCGAUGCCGGUCCCAUCACCGAAUGGCUCACUACCGUCAAGGACUGGGUUGUGGCCCACCCUUAUGACGUCGUGACCAUUUUGCUUGGCAACGGCAACUACUCGACACCGGAUUUCUACGUCCCCCAUAUCGAGAAGACGGGCAUCCUCCGCUAUGUCUUCACCCCGCCUGUUGUUCCCAUGGCACUCGACGACUGGCCGACACUGUCGCACAUGAUCCUGACUGGUCAGCGCGUCGUCAUGUUCAUGGACUACAUGGCCAACCAGACAGCCUAUCCGUGGCUUCUGGACCAGUUCAGCCAGAUGUGGGAGACUCCGUUCGAUCCGGUCGACCAAAACUUUCCGUGUGUCGUCCAGCGACCGCCCGACCUGCCCGCCGACCAGGCCAAGAACAGGCUGUAUCUGAUGAACCACAACCUGAACGGGGAGGCUAACCUGCUCGGAAACGUCCUCAACGUGCCAGACCUAAGUCGGAUCAACGUGACGAACGCCGCCGAGGGCUUUGGAAGUCUGGGACUGUCAGCAAAUAACUGUCGAUCGGAUUGGGGCCGGGCGCCAAACGUGCUCAACGUGGACUACUACAAUAUGGGAGAGUACCCCGGUAGCGUGUUCGAGGCGGCGGCGAGAGUCAACAAUGUGACGUACAACAGGAAGUGUUGCGGCGAGGAGGCCAGCUCGGCUGGCAGGAUCGAGGCCAUGCUGAAGGUGCCUUUGACUCUGGGUUUGAUGUGGGCUGCUUUCUGGACACUGGUUUAA